UUAUGACCUACCUGACACUAUAGUGAUUGGACCUUUAAUAGUUGUGAGAUUCUGUCGUGUAAAGUUCUUCAACAGUGACCCAAUCAACGUACUUUUACCCACUUUAGGAGGUCCUAUCACAGCCACAACAAUCGGUGGCGGUUCUAACGGCGUACGAUCUACCAAUGGGACAUGAUGUUUCUUCGUUUGAACGUCAAGUUUUCGUCGAAUCUGACGAGCUGCUCGCACCGUCGAUUGAAAUGUGAAAGCCUUCGGAUUCUUCUGAUUACCAUCUUCAUUUUGGGCUUGUUUUCGCUUCUUCUUCUUCUCGGCUUUAGGCCCAGAUUUGCGUUCGCGAUGAGCCUUUGCUGUCCGCUCAUCUUCACCUUCGGCCGCCAUCUUUGAUGCACCACGUGUGUUGGCAAAUCCUAGGGGGGUGUAGUGGGGUGUUGAUUCUUUUGGGUGCCAAAAUAGAAUAAAUAAAUACAAUUCAAAAUAUGUUUUGCUAGAUUUGAAAGAAACGUAGCAGAAGAACUUCAAAUAUCGUAUUACAUUAAAGUAUAAAAUCAUAAUUUGUAUCAACUUUAAUGAGCAUAUUUAUGCUACUCUGGGGACUCUGGAAAAAAGAUAGAAAUCGCACUUUGCCAGGUUGCUAAGCUAGUUUUUGGAAAAUUUUGAUAGAACAACAAGUUGAAUUUUGAAAGCACAUUGCAUGUGUACUAGAUAGAUGCCAAACCUAGCAAUAAACUAGGUUUUUAAGAUACUUGACAAUCUAAAGCAGAAUGGCUGGUGUUCUUUUUGAAGAUAUUUUUGAUGUGAAAGACAUAAAUCCUGAAGGAAAGAAAUUUGACCGAGGUAUGACUUUUAUAUGUACCUGGUAUUUGGUAUAAAUUGAUUGAGCUGUAUAUAUACUGGAGCAAUAUGUAGUGUGUGACAUUUAAUAUACCUGAGACAGAUCAUAUGUAAUGACAAAUUUAUCUGCUGUACAGAUCAACUAUCUUUAUAGUGUAAACACAGUAUUCAGUGCCACAGUAUGCAGUAACCGUUACUUUUUUGAGUAAUUAACACUAACUAGUUACUUUUUUAGGAAGGUUAAUACUUCCAGACUGCUAAGUUUGCUAACUGCACGCCAACGUUUUCGCUUCCGAUAAAGGAAUGUACCUUGGAUGGUUUAGCAAUCUGGGAUAACAAAACUUACUAGUCACAAAAAAUUAACUAUUAAACUAUUUACAUUCUGGCCGCGCAGCAUCACAGGUUCGGUUCUUGCCAGAGGUUGAUAGUUGCAUUUUUGCAACUAUUACUGGUUCGGUCUAAUUAAUGUAUAAAAAUUCCACUUGAAAUUUCCAUCAACUAUAAGUUAUAUCAAGUCCAAAAUCCCUUUAUUUAUUAUCGCACCUGUAGUGUCAAGACUCCACUGUGAAAGUGAAAGUUUCAAAAUGGAUCUCAUUCUUGAUGUAAACAUUCAAGUAUAUCCUGUUGACCUUGGCGACAAGUUUCGUCUUGUGCUUGCAUCGACACUACGGGAAGAUGGUGCCCCUGACGAGGGGGAAUAUCAACCAAUGGACAAUAUGCCAUCCAGAGCUGACCAGUUUGAAUACGUCAUGUAUGGUAAAACAUAUCGAAUUGAUGAAGAAGGCAGUUCUGUUGAAGCACCCACUAGAUUGUAAGCACCUAGAUGACUAUUAUUAACACUUUAAGUGGCAAUGCGUCCAGAUGCAUUCUACUUUAUUAUUUUACUCUGUCUAACGCCAGACGAUUUUAUUCGUCAGGGGAGAGUGCUUGAAUGCAAUAGUUAAUCAGACGCAUAAAUUUGUCCAUCAGAAUUAUUGUAAAAAGAAUAAAAUGUGCUUGCUUACACAGCAUUGAAAAUUUUCAGAUUCCUUUUGUCUAGUUUAUUGCAGUUGUGACAAAUUUGCUGUAUAAGUUGACACCUGCCCCCCACCAUUCUCAAUGGAUUUAAACAUCUUGCAAAAGACAAAGGUGGUCCUAAAGGAGAGUGGGGCCUGUGGGGGACUUGUCCCACCCAGUUCCCCCACGGCUACACCACUGCCAAAUGUAUAUGAUUUAGAAUUUCAAAGGUUGCACUACGUCAUUUUUCUUAUGAAUUAUUUUGUUUCUUCUUCAUUAGAUCUGCAUAUGUGUCAUUUGGAGGUCUACUCAUGCGGCUUCAAGGAGAUGCAAACAAUUUACAUGGCAUGGAAGUUGAUCAAUAUAUUUAUCUACUUAUGAAGAAACUAGCUUUCUAAUGCAGACAAUAUUCAAUAUUCCAGCUAAAGAAAACAGUUGUUUGCAGGGAUAAAUACAAGCAUUUUAGUCUACCGUUUUUUUUCGGAAGAUUGCGUUUUAGAAGGAGAGCAUUAACCACCUCCAUGAAAUAAUAUUCCCCACAUUCAGACAGCAGUUUUGAACAAAAUUAUAACCAUCUUAAAACAGGUUUUUAAUGGUGUGUUAAUCAGGGGCGCCGGAGCCACAGGGGCAGCUGCCCCUGUUGCCCAGACAUUGCGGGGGCAGCACGGGGGCACCUCGAAAUUUGUGCAUUAUUCACAGAAAUUGGAAUUUAGAACUAUUUUUAAGCAAUGUUUAAAGAUGCGGUACAGUCAACAAAGGGUUUGUUUAUAUUUCGGUAUCCAAAACAUAGAAUUUAAUAUUUAUAAAACUACUUAUAUUUCCAUAAUUCUAGAGUAUGAUAAAUUAUCAAAACACAACAAUCCAGCUUUGCAAGAACAUAAAAUGAAAUAAAAACCUAAAUAAACUGUUUGUAUAAUAAAAAGAGGGCUGAAUCCUUGGGUCGGCAAACUUCGAUAUUAAUUUUGAAAAAUUUUAUUCGUUGCACCAUGCUAAAGGCGCAUAAUAAAGUCACUAAACGAACGUGUAUUGCUUGAUUUAGCAUUAAUUUUACUACAACUGGUUAAAAAUUAAACAAAGAUUGCUUAAAGAUGCUGUACAGUCCAAUCUGCGUAUGUGCACAAUAAUAGACACAAGUAAUCGACGAGUAUCCAUACAGUAAAGUUUUAACAAAUAUUGCUGCCCAGAAAAACGAAGUGCCCUUUUGAAAUGGCUGCCCCCGCCGCUUCACAUUGCGUCCGGCGCCCCUGGUGUUAAUAAUGAAUCAGGGUUCAUAGCAGUCUUUGAAAUCCUUGAAAGUCUUCAAAUUUGAAUUUAGGUCUUUAAGGUCUUUGAACUGUGUGAAAAAGCGAAGAAAGUCUUUAAAAUCUUUAGUGAGUACUUGAUUAUACGAUUCCCUAGCGAAUUAAAUAGAUUGAUUGAAGCAAGAUUUUCGCAAAUAUCGACGAAAAGGUGUAUUUUAGGAUGUGAUUUGACGCGACUAAUUACCGGGUAAAAUGGUGCUAAAACACGCAAUUUUUCGACAGCUGAGUGCUCUCAAGGUCUUUGAAGAGUCUUUGAGAAUAGGCAGAAAAAAUAUUUGAAAGUCUUUGAAUAGUUUCGGUCUUGGAGACUACGAACCCUGUGAAUGUACAACGAUCAAGAUUCAAGUAGUUUCUUCCUUCAUUUUAACAGUUAACUAUUCCCAUUUGCCACAAUUUUUUCAAAGCAUAUUGUGAAAAAUAUAAUUGUGGAAAAAGAUUGAAGUUUGAUUUUUGAGAAAUGCUUGUAUUAAUCCCUGGUUUGUAUGAAAGCAUUUGUAUAAUAAUUAUACUGUCUGUUAUUUACAUCUUAGGGCGCAUUGUAGCAGACAUAAAAACGUUCUCUAUGCUCACGUUAAAUUUACGUGCUUGUCAAGAGAAUUUGACAGAUUCU